UCCUUUGCCGCACGUAAGCCGUGAUCCAACAAGCGGAUUAGGCUUAGUGCCGUUGGCGGCUUUCUGCCCACGGGAUCUUCCUCGUUGUAUCCACAACCUCACAUCACACAGACGGUGAGCACCUACUUCGAAGCGAUGGCUACACCGAUACACAGAUCUGCGGUCCCCGGUUGUUGCUGUGUCACAUGCCACCUAGUGUCGGAAGCGGCACCUCAUACUUGCACCAGUUCACCGCUGCAUCGCUCAACACUCCGCAAAUAUGCACGCAAUUGUUCGAAAACCUUACAUGGUGAAGUGCAGGUAGCUACUUGCGGCAUCAGUGCUUCGCCAAGCCUCCUUCAGCGUCGCUUGCAGCCUCAUCUGCAUCUCGCAAGUUAUGGAAGUGACAGGGCGAAUGUUGACGAUCCUCGAGCUCACGAAAUUUGCAACAUAGCUUUGCUACGGACAACAGGAAUCACAACGUCGAAUCGCUGAGACUGCCUUGCUUGCCACCACAACUGCGUUUGUCAUGGAAAGCAAGUUUGGCUCGAUUGAUAUUCGCCUCUCGCAAUGAGUCGCAUUGCUUUG